AUGGUCGUUGCCAGUAUUUUAUUAAUGUCAACUUUACUUAUUUUCUUCUUUUCUACGGUAGUCACAUAUACAAUUUCAGUGAUAACAAAUCAUGUGAAACCUUUUAUACCUAAUAUAAGCUACACUGGAAAUGAACCUGUGGAAAGUUGUAUUUUUACUGCCUCAUUAAACAUUGUUGGAUUACUUUAUGUCAUUAUUGUUUAUGUUCGGUAUUGUCAAUAUUUAGAAGAAGGUGUUAUUGAUAAAUAUUCAAAAAAUCUUCAAAAACUUACUUUUUUAUUUGGACUUAUGGGUGCAUUUGGACUUUCUAUAAUAGCUAGUUUUUCACAAAAAUUAUGUUUAAUGGUUCAUUCGGUCGGAUUUUUAAUGUGUUUUUCAGGCACUUUUCUAUAUAUACUUUUUCAAACGUUAUUUUCAUUUGGUUCCAUGUCGAAAGUCACUCCUGAAAGAAUUAAAUUAUGUCGUUUGAUUGUUUUCAUAAUAGAAUGCAUAAUUCAUUUUAUUGGAACAUCCCUUUGUUUUGCAAUUGUGGUAACUUACGAUUUUUCAUCGAGAAAAGAAAAUGUCACAACAACUGACAACAACUUACCGAAAAAAUUAAGAAAUGAUUGGCUCGUUAAUUUAGGCGCUGGAGUAGAAUGGCUGACGCUAAUUGUUAAUUUAACGUUUUUCGGAUUAUUCUAUGGAGAUUUUAAAAGAAUUAUUAUUAAAAGUGACGAAAUUAUUUUUCUACCAUUUACGAAGUAA